UGCAUUUUAAAGUCAAUGUGAAUUGCUGUAUGCAACCCAUUUUUAUUUGUUUAAGUUAUAUGAGAUUCAAACUAAACAAGAUUUUUGAAAAUCAGCUGAAAUUACUUGAAAUUAUUAUACUUGAUUAUACUUUCCAUUCCAUUGGGAAUAAAUUGGAUCAGGAAAAAAGUGGGUGUUACUUUACAUACCAUAAUUGAGCCAGACCAAACAAGAAUGAAAUAAUGCUAGCUAAUUAACUUUUGGUUAACAUUUUCCAAUUACUAUGUGACAUCAGUCGAAAAAUUUAAGUAGUUUCUGAAGAAUAUAAAAAAUUGUGAAGAUAAGCAGCUUUAGUAGGCUAUUUGAAAUAACAUGCAAUGAUGAAUAGUUAAAUUGGUAGAUGGGUCAAUUUAUUUGACCUUUUUGACCAAUUAAUGGCGGUUCAAUCUCUGAUGUUAAUAAAAAAAAUUAACAAGAUACAGUAAUACAAUGUGAAGCUAUUUUUACAUCCUAAUAUGUUAUUUUGUAACAUCUGACUGUCCCUGUCCCAUGCAUCCAUUCGUGUUCUAGAGGAGAGAAAGAGAUGGACAGAAAAAGGGAGGAGAUGGAGCAAGAGGGGAGGGAAAUGUCCUUGUGCAAAUAUCCUGAUUUUUUUUUUAGGAAAACCCACACAGUCAGAAGCUUCCAUAAGCCUUUCAGGACAACACAGAGGCAGCUAGUUUUCUUUCACAACUGUAUUGGUCUUUAUUUAUUUUGCCUACCUGUAGCUGGAAGUGUUGGUGUCAAAGUGCAUCAGAGAAAGGAAGUAACACCAGCAGUCUUUUGAGGAAGUAUGUCACUCUCUCUGCACUUCGUUUUUCUGCUCCUGACUGCUCUUUGGGGCAGCAGUUGCUUCGCCAAGCCCGCCCCAUUCAACGUGUCCAUGGAGGGUAGUGGGGAUGAACCCGAACUCAUCUUUCCCAUUGCUCGUACCACCCAUGUUCCUCCAUCUCCCUCGCGACCUCCCAACAUAACAGCCACUUUCAACCGCAUCAAAGACUUCCUUUUCAACCAGGUGGUGGACUUCCUGAAGGAGAACUUGCUUCUCAUCAUUGUCGUGACCUCUCUGUUGGUAGUCAUCAUCUUCAUCGUCUGCUGUGCUUCAGCGAUGAGCCACAAACGCAAGCUUGAGGCCUACUAUCCUCCAAAGACCUACACACCCAGGAAAUACAUGAGUCAACCUAGUAAAGCUGUUGAGAAACCACAUAACCAGAUUCAGGAUGGCAAGACGACAACUGCAAAGACCCUACGAGAACCCACCAAAGCAUUGGUGGGUGAGAAGGAAGGAAAAGACCCCCGGCCAAAGCCGAAAGAGGUCCAAAAGGUGGAGGAUGUUGAGGUGGAGGAGAUGCAGAAAGAUGAGCCCAAGAAGAAAGAGGAGCCUCAGCCUACCACCUCAAAUGUCACCUCCAGUCAGCCGCUGGUCUGUUCGUGCCACCUCAGAAAGGCCAAUCACACCACAGCGUGAGAGCUUUUUCUGUACCUGCAGGAAUGAGCUUGAUUCCAAACUUUUUCUACUGUUAGAUAUAAAUCUUUUGGUAGAUAUCAUGCCCUCACUCUCUUUGUGCUCAUGUUGCUUUGCAACCUGUGUAUGAGGAAGAGUGGAAAAAAAUGUUUGUUCAACUCAUUUUCUGUUUCUUAAAAAAUUUAUUUGCUAAAUAAGAAAAAACAAAACAGUGAGUUGACAGUUUUAUUAUUCAUAUGGAAAAUAAACAACACUUGAAAUUAUUUUGUGAAUCAAUUUCUACUUUUGAGAGACUUGAGAAAAUGUCUUUUGGAACUUUUUCUG